UUUCUCAUAUUCACUUUUCACCUUUGCUCUAGAUAACAUCACAUUUCAAGAUGACUGGCCGUGGCAAAGGAGGCAAAGGACUCGGCAAAGGAGGCGCUAAGCGACAUCGCAAAGUUCUGCGGGACAACAUUCAAGGUAUCACUAAGCCGGCCAUCCGUCGUCUAGCCCGUCGUGGUGGAGUUAAGCGUAUCUCUGGCUUGAUUUACGAGGAGACUCGAGGCGUCCUGAAAGUGUUCCUUGAAAAUGUUAUCCGAGAUGCUGUCACCUAUACAGAGCACGCCAAGAGAAAGACGGUGACAGCCAUGGACGUCGUCUACGCUCUCAAACGACAGGGCCGAACUCUUUACGGUUUCGGUGGCUGAUCAUCUCGCCCAUAUUUUACUCAACUUUAUUGUAACUUUUUAUUUUCUGACUUGACAACGGUUCUUAUCAGAGCCACAAAA